UGAGGGGCCAGGCUUGGCUGCUGUAGGAGACGGGCACGUGUAGCCUUUGGCUGUGCUGGGGCGGCUUCUGCCGCUGCCACCACCCUGGCAAAGCCGCGCAGUCACUGUCUGGAUGUCGCCCAGGAUUAAGGGUAGCUAACUGUGGUGCUGGUUUGGGGCAGAGCAAGACUGAAACUCGGUGGAUCAGGUUUUGGUCUAGCGAUCUAGGAUAAGAACCUUUUUGUGGGGUUCAAUCAAGAGCCCAAGUCCCUAAGUCCAUGAAGGAGUGGUCAGCUGUGCAGAAUUUGGCAGUGUGGCGGCACCUUUGCUAUCUACUCUUUCUUAGGGGGGAACCAGCCCCCAACCUCUUCCUUGCCAUGCGGGGGCGGGGGAGGGGGAUCCAGCUCUUCUCUGGAUUUGCGAUUGAGCUGGAGUUGGUGGGAGAUGGUGAGGAACCAGCUUGGUGUCUGAACUCCUUUCCUCUCCACUGACCACAAGACUUCUUGAUUUGGAUGCGAGGAAAAGAAACCCCUUUGCCUCUCUCUCUGCUCGCCCAUCUCUCCUUUCACCUUGUCUCCCUACUUGCGUCAGGCAGGCCGUUGCAUAGAGAUUCUCCUUUUUUCCAGGUCCAGAGCUGGGAGGAGGAACCUUCAGCUCUGCAGUACUUUGACAAUGUGCAAUAAUCGGUUACAACAUACUCAAGUAUUUUGUAGCAGCUAGUGAAACCUUUGAGAGUAUAAUUGACCUGAAGGGACCCCCACAUCACACAGUGAUGGCUGGAAAAUACUUGAGUAUUCUGCUUGCUGGGCAGCUAGCAGCCUGCAGCUGAUUGGCACCGAGUUACUCCGGCAUCUUGUGGUAAUUAACGGAGGUACUCAAUCUCUCUCUAAUGGCCCUAGGGAGACCAAGAACAGAGGAGAUGGCCUUGUCUUGGCCUGGGUCUAGGCUCCUGCAGGUUGGGAUGGGGCAUGAAGUCUAGAUGGUUGCUCCCAGGCCUGUCCAUUCAAACCAGCGUCCAGCCUCCUGACUGUUUCCAUCAAGGCUCUCAUUCCCCCAGAGCCUUUCAAGACUCCAAGGGAGUCCAGCCCAGGGACAGGAGUAGUGGGCAAGCCUGGGCUAUAGAGGAAGAGGUUGGCAGAGUGGUGAAUUGAGUUGUCCCCCCUGGGUGGGGCCUGAUGCUCCCAACUCCUCCUGCACAGACUUCUCCCCCCUCCCUCACCCGCAUAGCUAACAAGGAGCUAAUGGACUCGAAUAGACAGACAGAUUAUGAAUCUGAACAAAUGAGGCGGCAUGAAGCACACUGCCUGACAGCUCGCACAUACCCAGCUCUACAGAUCCUCUCAGCAACUCCCUGGGUCUCUGUAGCUCGAAACCCUUGGGGGCAGAACAGGGAUCUGGACUCCCUCAGUAGUGGGCUAGCAACAACUCCUUAGGCCUCCAGGGGGAGGGCAGACACAGACCCAUCCUAUGGGGGACAAGGCUGGGAUGGGAGAAGGACAGGGUCCCUUGGCCUGACCUGCUCCUUGCUGCUCUUUUUAACUAAGGGGAAGCUCCUAAACAAGGGGAAGAGUUCUGAGAACGGUUAGUGAGUCGGGGGGCCCCUAGCACACAUGGGGAUGGAGAGGAGAGAGGAGGACAUAUCAUUACAGGGCGUGAGUUCACAGGAACUCUUAGAUGCCAGAUCUACAAGAUGGGACUGCGCCCACAGCACCCCGCCCCCGAGUGCCGCUUGCUCUCGCUCCGUCUCUCCGUCUGUUUUGCUUUCUUGCCUCCCUGGUUCUCAUUCUCCCUACUCCUAAGUCCUUAUCUCUGUCUUGGGGUCUCCCUCUCCUUAUCUGUCUCUUUCCUGCCCGCCCCAGCCCACUGUCUUCUUGCUGUCAAUCUCUUCUGAGUUUUUCCACUCUUUGUUUAUCUGCCCUCCCUCUGCCACCCACCUCCUCCAGCCUUCCGUGUCUCGCACUGUGAGAUCUCCAUCUCUCUUCACCCACUCACUCAGACUCCAUCCCCUUCCCAAUCCUCUCUCCCUUCCUGGGUCCCUCACAAUUAAGGAGGGGCUGGGGUGGGGGGCAACAGCUCUAUGCUCCUUGCUUGCUUUGGGAAAGUGCUGGAGAGGAGAGAGUAGGGGUUGCUGUGGGGAAGAACCAAAGGUAUAAGGGGACCAUGAGUGUGUGUGUGUGUGUGUGUGUGUGUGUGUGUGUGUGUGUGUGAUUGGUGUCAAUGAACCCAGAUGGUGUCCACAGGGCACGUAUGUUUGGGAGCACACAGUAGUAUGACAAUUGGGGCAUCCUUAGCACUGGGUGGAGCAAGCGCCUCCGAGAGCCUUGUCUCUUGUGGAAGUGAGUCUUAGCACAGUCCCCUGUCAUUGAGCAUAUAUAUGCUGGAGAAGUCUGCUAGAAAAAUGGAGCCCAAGCUGAGAAUGGCAGUGGGCACUGGCUAACAUGUCUUCACACCUUAUCUGUGUAUGCACGGGAGACUCUAUGUGAGCUUCAUUCAUGUGUGUCCCCCAGGGAGGGUACUGAGGACACCCUUGAGUGUUUCUGUACACUUGCCUCUGUGUUGCAGGAGGCAUGUGAGAUUCUGCAUGUAUGUAAAGCUAUGUGGAAAACCAGCGGGAUCUGCAACGCCUGGAGUUUGAGGACCUGCAGGGCCUGGGGGAGUUGAGAAGCCUAACCAUCGUGAAGAGUGGCCUCCGCUUUGUGGCCCCUGAUGCCUUCCAUUUCACCCCUCGGCUCAGUCACCUGAAUCUCUCCUCCAAUGCUUUGGAGUCCCUCUCCUGGAAAACUGUGCAGGGCCUCUCCCUACAGGACUUGACCCUGUCAGGGAACCCACUGCACUGUUCCUGUGCCCUAUUGUGGCUCCAGCGCUGGGAGCAGGAGGAUUUGUGUGGUGUGUAUACACAAAAGCUUCAGGGCUCUGGGUCUGGAGACCAGUUCCUCCCACUGGGACACAACAACAGUUGUGGUGUACCCUCAGUGAAGAUCCAGAUGCCCAAUGACUCUGUGGAAGUGGGGGAUGACGUUUUUCUGCAGUGCCAGGUGGAGGGGCAGGCCCUACAGCAGGCUGACUGGAUCCUCACAGAGCUGGAAGGGACAGCCACCAUGAAGAAAUCUGGAGAUCUGCCAUCCCUGGGGCUAACUCUGGUCAAUGUCACCAGUGAUCUCAACAAGAAGAAUGUGACGUGCUGGGCAGAGAAUGAUGUGGGCCGGGCUGAGGUCUCUGUCCAAGUCAGCGUCUCCUUCCCAGCCAGUGUGCAUCUGGGCAAAGCCGUGGAACAGCAUCACUGGUGCAUUCCCUUCUCUGUGGACGGGCAGCCAGCACCGUCCCUGCGCUGGUUCUUCAACGGCUCUGUGCUCAAUGAGACCAGCUUCAUCUUCACUCAGUUCUUGGAGUCAGCGCUGACCAAUGAGACCAUGCGGCAUGGCUGCCUUCGCCUCAACCAGCCCACGCAUGUCAACAACGGGAACUACACCCUGCUGGCUGCCAACCCCUAUGGCCAGGCUGCUGCCUCCAUCAUGGCUGCCUUUAUGGACAACCCUUUUGAGUUCAACCCUGAGGACCCCAUCCCUGUCUCCUUCUCGCCAGUGGACACUAACAGCACAUCAAGAGACCCAGUGGAGAAGAAGGACGAAACACCUUUUGGGGUCUCUGUGGCUGUGGGCCUGGCCGUCUCCGCCGCCCUCUUCCUUUCUGCCCUCCUCCUAGUGCUCAACAAAUGUGGACAGAGGAGCAAAUUUGGGAUCAACCGCCCUGCUGUGCUGGCGCCAGAGGAUGGGCUGGCCAUGUCCCUACACUUCAUGACACUGGGUGGCAGUUCUCUUUCCCCUACUGAGGGCAAAGGCUCCGGACUCCAGGGCCACAUCAUGGAGAACCCACAGUACUUCAGUGAUACCUGUGUCCACCAUAUCAAGCGCCAGGACAUCAUUCUCAAGUGGGAGCUAGGGGAGGGAGCCUUUGGAAAGGUCUUUCUUGCUGAGUGCUACAACCUUCUGAAUGAUCAGGACAAGAUGCUGGUGGCUGUCAAGGCACUGAAGGAGACAUCUGAGAAUGCUCGUCAGGACUUCCAUCGUGAGGCAGAGCUGCUCACCAUGCUACAGCACCAACACAUCGUACGCUUCUUUGGAGUCUGCACGGAGGGUGGCCCAUUGCUCAUGGUCUUCGAGUACAUGCGCCAUGGGGACCUCAACCGUUUCCUCCGGUCCCACGGACCUGAUGCAAAACUGCUGGCUGGCGGCGAGGAUGUGGCUCCUGGUCCUUUGGGCCUUGGGCAGCUUCUGGCUGUGGCUAGCCAGGUGGCUGCUGGUAUGGUGUACCUAGCCAGCCUGCACUUUGUGCACCGGGACCUGGCCACACGCAACUGUCUGGUGGGUCAGGGACUAGUGGUCAAGAUUGGAGACUUCGGCAUGAGCAGGGACAUCUACAGCACAGACUACUACCGUGUGGGAGGUCGGACCAUGCUGCCCAUCCGCUGGAUGCCUCCAGAGAGCAUCCUCUACCGCAAGUUCAGCACCGAGAGUGAUGUGUGGAGCUUCGGGGUGGUGCUCUGGGAGAUCUUCACCUAUGGAAAGCAACCCUGGUACCAGCUCUCCAACACUGAGGCGAUCGAGUGCAUCACGCAGGGCCGGGAGCUGGAGCGGCCGCGCGCCUGCCCUCCUGAUGUCUACGCCAUCAUGCGCGGCUGCUGGCAGCGUGAGCCGCAACAGCGCCUCAGCAUGAAGGAUGUGCACGCGCGGCUGCAGGCCUUGGCACAGGCGCCACCGAGUUACCUGGACGUUCUGGGCUAGGAGUCUGGAUGUCAGGCUACCCUGGGCUCCCUCAGCGCCCAGCAGCUAUCACACUCAAGUCUUACCCUCAGCAUGUGGAGGGGACCAGCAGGCGGGGAGCAGAGGGUGGCCUUGCUUCAUGGCCAGCAUCCAUCAUAAUAGCAAUUAUAUUUAUUAUCCCUG